CCAAGAUGUCUCUUACAUUUGACAAAGUUAAAAACCGUUUCUUAGCUUCAUCGCCUACUGCCCAGUAUGCCAUGACCAUAGGUAGUGCUGGUGCAGCUGCCUUGGCUGUCUUAGCCAUCAUCUACCCAGACAGAGCCCUCUUUGACGACAAGAGAGAUGAUAUCCCACAGCGUCCUGGUUUUCCCAUCGUCGGCAGUCUUCCCCAUUUGCUAAGCAAUAUGACACAAUUCCACCACUUUGCUCUCCAAGGUUUUGAGAAUGUCGGUACAACAACGUAAGUGAUCUGACAGACAAGUUUUAAUGGGUGCCGAUGCCAUGACUAACUCACCCGCCGUUAUAGAACCAUGUCCAAUCUCGGCAUUCCCAGAAAUAUCGCUACUUCUGACCCACGCUGUGUCGAACAUAUUUUGAAAACCAAUUUUUUGAACUAUGAAAAAGGUCCUCAAUUCAGAGAUGGUAUGGACGCCUUGUUCGGACAUGGCAUCUUCAACGCAAAUGGCGACGAAUGGAAGUUCCAGCGCAAAACAGCUUCGCAAAUUUUCAAUGUGAAGAACUUUCGCGACCACUUUACUGAUGUUUUCGUCGACGAACUCCAGUACAUGACCAGUGUCAUUUUGGAUCCUCUGGUUGAAAAUGGCCAGGCCGUUGAUUUCCACGACCUCAUGUUCAAGUUCACCUUGGAUUCCUUUGUCAUUAUCGGUUUUGGCGAAGAUCUCGGUGCCUUACGUACUGAAGGCAAGGUUCCAUUUGCGGCAGCAUUCGAUGCCGCUCAAGUCAAUACCGCCAAAAGAAUGCUAGUCCCUUACUGGCGUGCUAGAGAAGGUAUUGCUAAGGUUUUAAUGCCUUGGAAGUCCAGCAUGGAUGAUCACAUUAAGGUGGUGAAUAGUUACGCUGCUGAUAUGAUCAGCAAACGCCGUAAAGACGUCGAAGAGGGGCAAGAUCACAACGAUUUACUUAGUCGGUUCCUGAAGUCAAAGGACGACCAAGGCAAUCUUCUCAAUGACCAGCAGCUUCGCGACAUCAUUCUUAACUUUAUCAUUGCGGGUAGAGAUACCACAGCUCAAGCACUUUCUUGGGCCAUGUAUCAAUUGAUGCUGAAUCCAGAAGUCGAGGAAAAGCUGGCUAAGGAAGUUUUUGCCAACAUCUCUGAUGACGACGAAAAGAAUUCUCCUGCUCUUUACGAGAUUAUCAAGGACAUGAAAUAUGCCCAUGCUGUGUUCUACGAAACUUUGCGUCUGCAUCCUUCGGUGCCUGCCAACCAAAAAUACGCCCUUGAAGACGAUAUCUGGCCUGAUGGCACUGUGAUCAAGAAGGGUGAUUACGUGGUUUGGUCGCCAUGGGCUCAAGGUCGUCUUGAAUCUGUAUGGGGACCAGAUGCCAAGGAAUUCAAGCCAGAACGCUGGUUCAAUGAAGAUGGUGACCUUCGCCGUGAAAAUCAAGGUGUCUGGCCCGCCUUCCACGCUGGACCUCGUGUCUGUCUGGGCCAAAAUCUUGCAACGUUGGAAGCUCUGGUAGCUCUUACUCUGUUGGUCAAGAAGUACCGCUUCAAUUUGGCACCUGGACAGGACGUCACCUAUCAACUGUCGUUGACCUUGCCCAUGAAAGACGGUAUGAAGGUCUAUGUUCAGCAGCGUGAAAAACCAGAGAUUGCUGCUUAGAUCCUUCUCUGUUAUGACAUAUGUAGCCCAUCACUUGUACAGUACAUUUAAAUAUACUCAAUUAAAUAUCGCU